CUACUUCAGAGGUAGGUAUUGCGUUUUCACAACUCCAUCGAUGUCGAAGAAUAACGCAUUUUGUAUAUGCCGCUACAGGUUCCAAACAUGAAUGUGUUAACCGUACCCGCACGUCUGAAAUUCUGGACACAGAAAUAUCCAAAUAUGCCUGCAUUUGUCUUUGAACAUCCCCUGAGGCAGAGAACAGUGAUGACAUUCAAUGACGUGACGACACUCGCGGGUAAGUUUGCCAGUCGCCUGCAGAAACUGGGCGUCAAGAAAGGUGAUGUUGUCUGCUCCACGCUACCCAACUGUCCGGAGAGGGUUGUCUGUGAUUUUGGCGUGAUGACUGCAGGAGCCAUCACCAUCCCAGGGACCACAGUGCUGUCUGACGGGAGUGACAUCCUUCACAAUCUACAGAAGAGCGGCAGCAAGGUCCUCGUGGUUAAUCCGGUGUCCGGUGUCUGGCAAGUUGUUCGGGAGAAGGUUCACUUGUGUUCAAGCAAUGGAAUCCAAUCAGAAGUUUUACCUGAUCUCAGGACAGUAAUAUUCAUACAUGCAGAUAACGAAUUUCUUGACUCUCUUAGAAAACAAGAUGACCCGCACCCAAUCGACAUUCCACUCGAGCCGACAGACCUGGCCACAAUCUUACAUACAUCGGGCUCAACUGGGUAUUCAAAGCUGGUGCCAACAACACACGAACGACUCUUCAGAUUCAGUCAGACGUAUGUUGACAUGCAUAAUCUUAAUUUGGAAAAGACCAUAUACCGAGACAGACCUUUAGGGUGGUCUGGAGGAUUUCCUUUCUUCUGUCUGGAAGGGCCAGUAACACAGUUCCUACUAGAUGACAGGUUCCAAAUGCCGAAUGACAACAUAGGAUUUAUUUGGAAUCUUAUAUGUCGUGAGAAGAUCAAUACCAUGUUCGCUACUCCACCAUUUGUCUUGUCACUCUUAGCGAGAAAUGACCUGUAUUCAAACACCAACUGGAUCAUGGACAUCAUAUUGAUAGCAGGACAAUGCGUCAAAACCAACAUAGCACCUGCCAUAGGAAAGCUAUGCCGGGAACUCGGUGUUGGCUAUGGCUCUUCGGAAGCUGGUAUCUGUUGUCACCAACGCUACACCGCACCAGAACAACUGAUGGACUUCAACGUUGGGAAAGUUUAUCCAGGCUGUCAACUGCUUGUUGUCGACGACGAUCUUCUGCCAGUUGAAAGCGGAACACGUGGUCAGUUGAUUGUAAAAUCUAAUGGAUGCUUCACCGAAUACUACAACGACCCAGAAACCAAUCGAAAGGCUUUCACGCAUGACGGGUGGUUCAUGAUGGAUGACAUUGGGUUCAAGAAUGCUGAUGGGUAUGUUUUUGUUCAAGGUCGAAAGUCAGAUUUAAUCAUGAAAGGGAUAAAUAAGGUUUACCCGUCCUGGCUGGAGACACAGAUGCUGAAGUCACCACUCAUACAUGACGUCACGGUCGUGCCCGUGCCCGAUGACGUCUACGUAAACGAGAUAUGUGCGUGUGUUAUCCCAAGUCGUCCAGACGUUCACGUCCAGGACGUCCGUACCCUCUGUGAUGGCCUCUUCCGACAAUCUGCUUCCAGUGACGUUUCGACCGCCCCAAAAUAUUUCAUUUUUCUGCAGGCCUUUCCCUGCAACAACGCUGGCAAAGUUGAUAAGAAGGCCUUAAUACAAAUAGCCAUAGAGGAAAUAAGUAACUCAUGUUGAAUCCUGGUGUUUCGAGUAGCUUAACUGCGCGUGCUACUUUGUGUAUCAUCUUCCAUUUUCUUAUCCAUAUAUGUUACAGUCAAUGUUCACAAUGUUCAAAUUUUCACUUACUUCAUUCGUUUAAUAAUUAUUUCUCCAUUUAUGAUAUCCCGAUAACGAAUUCAAAACAUGUUUAUGCUCAAUUUCAUAUAUAUAUAUAUAUAUAUAUAUAUAUAUGCUCCUAAUCCUAUCAUAAUAAUGUAUUAGUCUUUUGUGAUAUUUUUGAACAUAUUAAUAACUUUCAGCCAAUCUGACGGAAAAAGAAUUGUAAACUUGCUGAAAUAGUUUGGUGUUUGCAAAAUGCAUUGACUGAUUUUACACAUCCAUACGAUUAAUCCUAUUAAUCAGGUAGAGGGUUUUCCACCCGCGCAACAGAUCAUCUGUGAAAAAUGGCAAAUUGGUAGCAUCCUGCACUGUGCGAAGAUAUCGGCUGCUGGACAAUU